ACACCCCCACCCUCUCUCUCUCUCUACACACUUUCUCUCUCUAAACUUGUUGUGGCAUUAAAAAGGAGAACAAACCACUGUCAAGUACUAACAAACAUAACCAAAGGAGAAGAUAAGAGGCAGCUUCUCUCAACUCUCAAGCCCAUAAAAGCAGCUGUUUUAAACCUCUCAAGAAACACAAUUCUAGAGAGAGAAAGUAAAAAAAAAUGGAAGAAGAUAUGAUGUUCUUGAAAUGGUGCUUGAAAGUAGUGUUGAUCUUGUUGAUAGUGAUGGUGUUUGGUGUGAAGGUUUUUGUUGUGUUUUGGUGGAAACAAAAGAAGAUUGAAGAGCAUUUUGCUAAACAAGGAAUAAGGGGACCUCCUUAUUGCUUUUUUAUUGGAAAUGCCAAAGAGCUUGUGAGUUUAAUGGUCAAAGCUUCUUCUAAACCCAUGCCUUUUUCCCACAAUAUCCUCCCUAGAGUCCUUUCUUUUUACCAUCAUUGGAAGAAAAUCUAUGGUCCAACGUUUUUAGUAUGGUUUGGACCCACGGUUCGACUAACAGUAGCCGAACCAGACCUUAUUCGAGAGAUAUUCAGCUCGAAAUCGGAAUUCUACGAGAAAAAUGAGGCACACCCUCUAAUCAAACAACUUGAAGGUGAUGGUCUCUUAAGCCUCAAAGGUGAAAAAUGGGCUCUUCAUAGAAAAAUCAUCACUCCCACCUUUCACAUGGAGAAUCUCAAAUUGCUAGUACCCAUGGCCACGAGUAGUGUGGUGAGAAUGUUGGACAAAUGGUUGGACAUGUCGACUACCGAUGAAGUCGAAAUCGAAGUCUCUCAAUGGUACCAAAAUCUAACCGAGGAAACCGUAACCCGAACCGCAUUCGGAACUAGCUACGAAGACGGGAAACACAUUUUCCAAUUACAAGCUCAACAAAUGGUCUUGGCUUCUGAGGCCUUUCAAAAGGUCACAAUCCCGGGUUACAGAUUUUUACCCACAAAACGGAACAGAGAAUCAUGGAGAUUAGAGAAAGAAAUCAAGAAAUGUUUAAUGAAAGUUAUUGAAAGAAGAAGAGAAAAUUGGGAUAAAGAAGGAAUGGAAAAUGGGCCCAAAGAUUUACUUGGGCUUAUGAUUCAGGCGAGUACAAAGGAAUCGGAAAAUAUAUCUCCGGCGACGGCGACGGCGCCGGCAGCUGCCAUAACGGCACGUGACAUUGCGGAGGAGUGCAAGAGCUUUUUCUUCGCCGGAGAACAAACGACGUCCAACUUGCUGACGUGGACGACGGUGUUGCUAGCGAUGCACCCACAGUGGCAGGUGAUAGCACGUGAUGAAGUGCUGAAGGUGUGCGGACCACGUGACAUCCCUACCAAGGAUGAUGUUUCCAAGCUUAAGACGCUUACCAUGAUUCUCAAUGAGUCACUGAGAUUGUACCCUCCUAUUGUCGCAUCAAUUCGACGAGCGAAGACUGAUGUACAAUUAGGAGGGUGCAAGGUUCCUGGUGGGACCGAACUUUUGAUACCAAUCUUGGCGGUUCAUCAUGAUCAAGCGAUUUGGGGGAAUGAUGCUAAUGAAUUUAAUCCGGCCCGGUUCUCAGAGGGUAUAGCCCGUGCUGCUAAACAUCCUGUAUCGUUUAUCCCUUUUGGGAUUGGAGUUCGUACGUGCAUUGGACAAAAUCUAGCUAUGUUACAAGCGAAAUUAACUCUUGCCAUCAUAUUGCAAAGAUUCUCUUUCCGGUUGUCCCCAAAGUAUCAACACGCACCUACAGUUUUGAUGCUUUUGUACCCUCAAUACGGCGCUCCUAUUAUCUUCAAAUCUCUAUCGUCGAAUUCUAGCACCAAGGAAGAUCAAGGGUUGUAAAUUGUUCUUAUAUAUCAAGUGUGCGCGUGAAUGCUUGCUGGUGACCAAAGCCCAUAAAAAUAUCAAAAAGGAAAGAAUUUACAGAAUGCGAUCGUCAUGCCAUGUCAUGUUAUAUCAUCGACAUGAUACGAUAAACCAAUUAAGAUGAAACUAUGUGAUAUGAGAUUGCAUUUUUUAUCUUCUUCAAAAGGGUGGAAAAAAAGUUUUAAACGUCCGUGAAAAAAAAAAGUUAGAAGAUGAGUAAGUAAACCUAUGUUUUUUUAUUCGUUCCCUAUUUGUUCACUAAAAUAGCAAUACUAACCCUUGAAGUUUGGAUUUUGGGCACGUAACUUUUAUCCUUGGCUAGUUAGACAUAUGCUUCCCCAUGUGUAUGUAGUGUACAUUUUGGUUAAUUCUAACAACAAUUUUGUAUAUACGAGGCUAUGCGUUCUUGGUUUGAUAUUUGAUGUGCUAUUGACUAAAGAAUAAUUUAUUA